AUGCAUCUCGAUGACCCUGACCUGCUCCACAAUAUCAACCGUGUGAUUCGCGAAAUGGGAUUAGUCGGUAAAGCGGUUACAUUUCGGAUGGACCAAGAAGCGGCUCUUGGAGCCCUUGCCGAGAAACUCACCAAGUGCGAUAGCAGCCCUGCCAGCGCAACUUUGAUUGACGUGGUUCCGGGCUACAGGCCCCAGUCGAAGGGAUCGAUUGAGCGGCAGGUUGAAACUAUGAAGCAGGGUUUCUGGUCUGUUUGGUUGGACCUGGAGAAAGAGGUUGCUAAGGUGAAGCAGGAAACGGAAGCCGUUGAGCUUGGGAAGUAUCGGUUACCUUUGGGAGGUUUGCUUUGGCAAGCCUGUGUUUUCUAUGUUGCUAGGUGCUAUAACCUCUGGUGUACCAGCGUCGGGGAUUCGAGCACUAGCAUCGAUCGACUGCAUGAGGAGAUUGUGAACCGGACUCGGACGAGACCGUUCGGGUGUCUGGUUCAAGCCCAGGUUAGUAAGUCCAAGGCGGAUCAUGAUAAGUUCAGGGGCGCCCGGACCGUGAAAGCGGUUUAUCUGGGACCGGUGCACGCCAAAGGUGGCGGCAUCUUUGCCGUCCCUAUCGGAAGCAGGGAAAUAGAUAUAUUCCCCGUCGCCAGGAUGAUUCAGGGAGGUGACAUCUACGAUGCCAAGACCCUGGAAGAGCUAUCUUUAGCUAAGCCUCUUCUGCAGGACACUGAGGACCCCGAGAGGCCCAUACUGUUUGAUCCGUUGGAGGCUCCUGGUGAUGAUGCUCCUGAUGAGGGGGCUGGUGUGGGAAUGGAUGAAGAUGGUGAUGAAGAGAUGAUUGAAGAUGAGCUUGCUGACUAUUCUCCGUCGGAAGCGCCUGAGAACCAGGAAGUUGUGAACGAUGAGGGGGAUAUGGAAAUAGACUGGCUCACGAAUCACUAUCUUGAGUCCCUGUUUCGAGGGCCUGACCUGCGAGCCACCUCCACUGCAGUUGCAAAGUCGUUUGAUUUGAAGUUUGGGGGUACGAAGAUAAGGUGUGCUGUUCCUCAGAACGCUGUGUCUGAGACUUCGGGAGAGAAGCUAGAACCCGAUCUUCUUUACGCAUCAAUGAAGCUUGAGUUGGAAGAGUUGGAAUCCUUCAAGGUUGGGGAAGUGAUCCCUGAGCGCGAAGCUCGCCGUCUUGCUAAGGAAAACGGCAGGCGAGUCUUGACUAGCAGGUGGGUCAACACGGUCAAGAAGAAGGGACUGUAUAGAUCUAGGCUAGUCGUGCGGGAUUAUGCCUCUAUGGGAGGCACCACCUUGAGUGAGGGAAUUUACUCUCCUACUACUUCAUUGGAGGGUCUGAGAUUGCUUCUGUCAAUGCUCUGCCGACGUGGCAGUGUGUUGUCCUGCGAUGUCUCGGUAGCGUUCAUGCAUGCUCCCGUAGCGAGGGCAGAAUUCGUAGAGUUGCCGAAUAAUGUGAGCACCCAGGGGACUGGGGAACGAGUUUUCGUCAAAUUGCGUAAAGCGAUGAACGGAUUGCGGUCUGCUCCAUUAUCUUGGUAUUGCGAGUUGGCUGAAUACUUGCGCUCUCAGAACUUCGAAGCAAGUUUGGACCCCACUAUAUUCCGUCGUCUUACGAGGAAGGGUUUGACGAUUGUGUUGUUUUAUUUGGAUGACUUGCUGAUCUAUAGCGAAGAUGAAGCUGAAGGGCGCCGGUUCUACGAGGAGUUGCGUAAAAGAUACAAACUGAAACUUACGGGCGAGUUGAUUCAAGAUUGCCCCGGGGAAGUCUCGUUUCUCGGUCGGCGGAUCUUUCGCCGUAAGAAAGGGGAACGUACGGUGUAUUUCGGGCUAGACGAACAGUACCUGAGUUCCUGUUGCGAGGCGUACGGAAUCACCAAACCUGCACCAAAGCUCCCUUCCCUUGAACGCCGCUAUGCUGAGUUGCUGAAGAAAGGCCAGACUGAGCUGAUCAGUCCAGCUGCUCACGAAAGGUACAGAAGGGCUCUGGGCCGUUUGGCCUGGGCGGCUCUGUCACGACCAGACCUGCAGUUUGUGUGUGGGUUUCUGGGCCGCCACCAAGCAGCUCCUGACGAAGCUGCCGAGACCUGUAUGAGGGAUGUCCUUCGUUGGGUCAAGGGUCUUCCGCACAAGGUCCAGAGGUUUCCGAGCAAAAGGGAGAUCUUGGAAGAUGAUGCGGACCCUGCCUCUGUAUCUUGUUUUACGGACGCGAGCUGGAGUCUGAAUUCGGUAAGCGGCGGGAUCAUUACGUGGGAGAACUGUUCCCUGAAAAGCUUCAGCAGGAAACAAACGACUACCGCACUCUCCAGUGCGGAAGCAGAACUCGCUGCACUCACAGAGGUUGCUCGUGAAGGGUUGUACAUUGCUUUGCUUGUGGAGACCAUCCGCGAGGGGAUGCCGAAAGACAGGGAAACCGGUUAUUAUGUUCUUAAGGGAUAUUCUGAUUCCGAAUCGGCGGUUUGUAUAUCGAAGAUGCAGACCCUCCUGAGGAAAGUGAGGCACAUCGAACUGCGUGCCGCAUUCCUUCAGGAGCUGGUGGCCAGGGGUCGUUUUACUAUAGAACACAUACCGGGAGUGAUAAACCCUGCGGACGCCCUCACGAAGAGUCCCACCAACGAAAGUUUGGCUAGUUUGUACGAUGCCUCUGGGCUUGUGGAUGAACCGAAGGCCUGGGAGAGUGAGCCUACUGAGGUGCACGUGUCUUUUGAAGAGCCCAAUGAAAACGAACGUUUUACUCCGUCUGUUCCGCCUUCCUGGAAAGACAAUAGGCCGUACUUUGUUUGCAAAGCUUGCAAGAGUUCCUGGAUCUACUGCCACAGGGUGGAGGCCGAGGACAAAUGCAGACAGUGUGGAAGCAAGUGGCCCAAGUUCCGGAAGCCUCAGUCGCGGUCCCCAGCUCCACGUGUGUGGCGCAGCAAGGCCGAGGAGUGGUCUCCACCCUGGCGGGCCGAGGAGUGGUCACCACCCCGGUCGAAGCCCCAGAAAGGCAAAGCGCAGCGAGCCCUCACCACUGUUUGGGAGCACCUGCCCGCUCACGUCCAGGCGUCGAUUCAGGAAGCAGGCUGGCAGCCGCAGGCCUUGGAGGCCCUGCCGGGUCUUCCUGCUGGUAAGGGCCAGAGUGGGAAGGAGCGCACCGUCCUAAGAACAGGUGGUGCAGGCAAAGGAAAGGGCGGAGGCAGACCCGAGAUUGAAGCAGUGGGCUCAGAUGACAGUCUCAAGGCUCUUUUCGAGUCCGCCAGUGAUGCGCAGAAGGAGCUUCUGCAGCAGUGUGGUUUGAGUCAGCCUGAGGAGCACCAGCCGGGGCUCGUUGAAAUGUGUAAGAAGCACAUCUCUGCCUUGCCCCCAGCCAUUAGAGAGCUGGUUGAAGAGCCGCCGGAAAAGCCGCCAACGGCUUUCGAGCAGCUAAACGCUGACAGCAAGAAAUUUAAGACAGCCACCGUUGAACUUCGCGAGCUCAUUUUGCGCAAGGCCACGCUGCAACUAAAAAUCGACAAGCAUAAAGAAACCUACACGGGCCUCUUGCAGUCCAUGCAGUCUCUUGAUGAGAAGUUGAAAAGCAAACAGGAGCAGGUGACGGAUCUUCAGAAGCAGCUUCAGGUUGCGGUAGUGCAAGAAGCCGCUGAAUCUAAAGUUGAUCUCGAGGCUGCCCUGCACCAAGAGAUUGACAUGAUGGCGCUGGAGGCCCUGGAAGCUUUCAAGAAGCGCAUGUGCGCCACCAUUGAUGAGAAGGCUGCACUGCUGCAGCUUGAGAGCACGAGGGACGCAGACAUGCAGCAUAAGCCACCGUCUCAGGAUCAGACCCCGACCCCCACACCUGCUCAAACCGCCCAGCUGACCGCCUCUAGGUGCCCGACGGAUCUGGACAGCGUUUUUAAACUUCGUUUCCCUAGCCACCCCUUCUGCAACCUGCAGCCUGUGCGAUGGUUGCAGCUCACAGCUAGCAAGUUCCGUCAUCAGGGUCGCCCCACUGGGCGUUUUCAUCCUGGGCUGGAUCUUCGCUUUCAUUCGGCGGCAUGUUUCAUGAUUUCUCCCCUCCCGGGGGACGGCAUGCCGCAAUACUUGGGAGAUGCCAGAUGUGAUCCUUGGCGUUUCAGUGCGAACCAUGUUGAUGUGGCUACUCCUCUUCGGCUGCAGCCCUUGCUUUUCCCGGCAGGAACAGAUCAGUCCCGGGUGACUCGGGAGCCAACAGGCACAUGCCAGUUUUGCCAAGGGCCCAGACAGUUGGGUAGAGAGGACUGUAGCGAGCUUGACCGUCUAGCAAUGGCUUGCAGCUUGGCUGGCAAGGCAUGCCCGGAUGUUUGGGAGUUGGCGGAGGUCCAGUGCGAUCUCUCUUUGCUGUGUUUGGAUUGCCUGAUUGCGAAAUACCAGCAUGCCACACCUGAGCGGAGACAGCCCAUGCUGUCGGGACCCCAGUUCUUCCCUGCCGAGUUCGAUGACAGUCCACGGGACGAGCUAGGGGACGAGAGAGGUUUGGAGUGUGGUCUAGGGCAGCGGGCUCCACAUGAGGUUGGGCAUGUCAAAUCCAAAGGGGGACGACGCCGUAAGCGCCGGGCUCCCAAGAAGGGAGCGGUGCUCCCAGAAACCGCUGAAUCCAUAAAAUUGCACCUCCUUGCCAAUGGUGAUGUUGGUGAAAUUGAGCAUCAGGUAGUGUUGUGGGCGGAGGAGGUUGAGAACUUAGGCGAGGACUCCCUUCAGUAUCAGUUAGCAUACGAGCUCCUGUCGGAGAUCAGCUCUCCUGGAUCGGCUCUGGAGCCGGCUCUGGUAGCCAAGUUUUUGGAACAGCCGGAAGCAGGUGACACUGGAGACGCGGUUGCACCGCUCCUGUUUGUCACCGCUAAUGUUACGUCCUGGAGGCAGGAAGUUUUCAGGUGGAUCCAAGAUACUCGUUGCCUGGUUUGCGCGGUCCAGGAAACUCACCUUGACCAGGAUGGUGCCAAGCAGGCUUUUGCCAUUGACGGGUGUGGCUUCACAGCUGUCGAGCUGCCGAGGAAUUUUGUUGUGAUGGGGGAUUGGAAUGCGGAGCCGGAGGAGAUUUUCAUGAGUCGGUUCCCAACGAUUGUUGGGGGUGUGGUGCUGGACACGGGUAGGAUUCCGUUUCAGUGGACGGUCUCCAUUGUUGUGAUGUUGCGCAAAAAGCCCUCGAUUGAAAGGCCCAUCGCACUGCUCCAUACGGCCUACAAGGCCUUCAUCAAGCUUCGGUGGGACUUAGUUGACCGUUGGCUGAUGCAGGUUGCUGCUGAAAUGCCCUGGGACGCGGCGGUCCCGGGCAAAUCCACGUGCGACGUGUCACUCAGGCGCUUAGUCAAAUGCGAGGGCAAUCGCGUUCACGGUGUUCACCAUGUCAGUGUCUUUGUCGAUCUUAGCACCUUUUAUGAGUGCUUGAAUCAUGAGACUUUGGUGACUGACGCCAGAGCGCUGGGUUUCCCCAUGAAUUUACUCGGGGCGGCCGUCCAGGUUUACAGAGGCGAUGACGAUGACAUGGUCGAGGUUCUCAUUGAACCUUUGCCGCCGACGCCGGAGCCUGCUGCAGUCGCCACUCUUCGCGACCUUCAGGACUUGCAGGUCCACGUGGGUGCCCAAGUGGCGCCGGUGGCCGAUGAUGUGGCUGGCCUCAUCUUCCAGGUCGGUGAGCUUCAAGCACAGGUGCGUACUUUGAAGACUGAUGUUCUGUCUCGCCUUGAUAGCCUGGCUGAGAGAAUGACUGAGCUCGAGGAGGCGAUGGCCGAGGUAGCCACUGCCAUUGCCCGUCUUGCUGUCACCAGUGUGCUGCCUGUGCCUCACUCUGACGGCAGCCGCUAG